AUGGCCAGCCUGAAUGCCACCAGAGAGGCAAAUGAGAGCAGCCGCUACCGCUGCCCGUUUGACGAGGACUUCAAGUACAUCCUCCUGCCAGUGAGCUAUGGCCUGGUGUUCGUGGUGGGCCUGGUGCUAAACGUCCUGGCCAUGUACGUCAUCCUCUUCAGGACCAAGCGCUGGAAGUCCAGCACCAUCUACAUGUUCAACCUGACGGUCUGCGACACCCUCUACAUCCUCACCCUGCCCUUCCUCAUCUACUACUACGCCGACGAGAACGACUGGCCUUUCAGCGAGCCCUUCUGCAAGCUCAUCCGCUUCCUGUUCUACGCCAACCUCUACGGCAGCAUCCUCUUCCUCUCCUGCAUCAGCCUGCACCGCUUCCUGGGCGUGUGCUACCCCAUGCGCUCGCUACAGUGGGCCAGCGCGCGCUGGGCCCGGCUGGUGUCCGCGGGAGUCUGGGUGGUGGUGCUGGGCUUCCAAGCGCCCAUCCUCUACUUCUCGCGCACGCGGGAGUUCGGCGAGGAGAAGACGUGCUACGACACCACCAGCGAGGAGCUCUUCGACGACUUCCUGGUCUACAGCUCGGCCAUUUCGGCGCUCUUCUUCUGCGUGCCCUUCAUGGUGGUGAUGGUGUGCUACGGGCUGAUGGUGCGGAAGCUUCUGGAGCCCAGCGCGGGUGGGGCUCACUCGCUGCGUUCCAAGCAGAAGUCCGUGAAGAUGAUCGUCAUCGUCCUGGCUGCCUUCAUGCUCUGCUUUCUGCCCUUCCACCUGACGCGCAGUCUGUACUACAGCUUCCGCUACCUGGACGAGAAGAUCAGCUGCGACCUCCUGGAGGCCUCCAGCAUGGCCUACAAGGUCACUCGCCCGCUGGCCAGCGCCAACAGCUGCCUGGAUCCCAUCCUCUACUUCCUGUCCGGGCAGGGCUUCCGCAGCAACCUCACCGUCACCAGAAAGACCAAACAGAUGCGUAACGCCAGCACUGUGAAGUCGGCCACCACCGAGCUCUGA